AUGGCGGCUACGAAAGAAGCAUUGAGACCCGAGCGCGAAGACUCGCCUCUAAGCGUGGCCAACUCCUCCUCGACCAACGAGGAUAGUACGCUCGAUUCAGAUACUGACAGCGAGUGUGAGCCUAAAACCUUUACAGCUUCCGAUAUAGUCAGCGUGAUUGUCGGCAAGAAACGCACUGUGUUCAAGUUCCAUAGUCAUAUACUCAUGAAAAAGAGUCCAUUCUUUCAGAAAUGUCUCACAUCCGGGAUGAUUGAACAGCAAACCAAUGAGGUCGUUCUGCCAGAAGACUCGAGCCGCGCAUUCGAGAUCGUCGCGGCAGGGGUGUACUCGAGAGGUCGUAAUACAGCUAAAGCUGUCUUAUCUGGGGACGACUCCGAUGUCCGGUUGGUGAUGCGCGCAUGGGUACUGGCCGACAAAUAUUGCAUGCCAAACCUACAGAAUGGUCUCAUCGAUGAACUUGGAUCUUUCUGGAAAAGACACUACGUCCACCCUAGUUACCUAUCAUGGGUGGCAGACCAUACGGAUGAUAAGAGUCCUUUGUAUCGACUUGUUAUGGAUCAGAUGGCGUACGAACUCAAGAAUGGCGGUGAUGAUCUCGGUCAUUGUAAUUUCGAGGGCGACCUCGAAAAAGUUCUUGCUCGACCAAUUCUGUCGACCAGAUUAUUAUGGAAAUCGAUCCACGCGCCAGACGAUGAAGAGGCUCCAGCAGAAUCGCCACAAAAAUAUCACGUUCCGACAAAUUCACAAAUUGGUGGUACAACUUCGACCAACGCGGCAAAGUGA